AUGUGUGAUUGUUUGUGCUGCAUCUCUCCGCAACCCUGCCCACCCUUCUAUUUACCAAACAAACCAGGCACCACUACUGUACUUGCUUUAGCUUGCUCUCUUUGAAUCCCCAUCCUCACCCAAACCGCACAUUCUCUCUUCUUCUGUGUGUUCUGCUCUUUUAGGGUUUCUCUCUUGUGCUUCAUAAGAUUCUGCUGGAAUCUCUAGGCUCAUUGUUUGUGAAGUGAAGAAGAGAAAAUAGGAGAGGAGAUCAGAGGAGCAGGAUGUCGUCCCGAGGGGCGGGGCCCUCCUCGGAGGCGCCACAGAGGCGGAUCAUGCGGACACAGACGGCGGGGAACCUCGGGGAGUCGAUAUUCGACAGUGAGGUGGUGCCCUCCUCUCUUGUGGAGAUAGCUCCCAUCCUCCGUGUUGCCAAUGAGGUUGAAAAGACGCAUCCCAGGGUUGCUUAUCUCUGUCGCUUUUAUGCAUUCGAGAAAGCUCACAGGUUGGACCCCACUUCAAGUGGUAGAGGUGUUCGCCAGUUCAAAACAGCCCUUCUUCAACGACUCGAAAGAGAAAAUGAUCCCACUCUCAAGGGAAGGGUCAAGAAAAGUGAUGCUCGUGAGAUGCAGAGUUUUUAUCAGCAUUACUACAAAAAAUACAUCCAAGCUUUACAAAAUGCUGCUGAUAAGGCCGACCGUGCACAGCUUACCAAGGCGUAUCAGACUGCUAACGUUCUUUUUGAGGUUUUGAAGGCGGUUAACAUGACUCAAUCUAUGGAAGUUGAUCGUGAGAUUUUGGAAACCCAAGAUAAAGUUGCAGAGAAGACUGAGAUCUUAGUCCCGUACAAUGUUCUUCCACUUGAUCCUGAUAGUGCAAAUCAGGCAAUAAUGCGAUUUCCUGAGAUACAAGCUGCUGUAUAUGCUCUUCGUAACAUCAGGGGUCUUCCCUGGCCCAAGGACUACAAGAAGAAAAAAGAAGAAGACAUUCUGGAUUGGCUUGGGGCGAUGUUUGGAUUUCAGAAACACAAUGUUGCAAAUCAGAGAGAGCAUUUGAUUUUAUUGCUUGCUAAUGUUCAUAUCAGACAGUUUCCUAAACCUGAUCAGCAGCCAAAGUUGGAUGAGCGUGCACUGACAGAAGUGAUGAAGAAACUUUUCAAGAAUUACAAAAAGUGGUGCAAAUAUUUGGGUCGGAAAAGUAGCUUAUGGUUACCAACCAUACAACAAGAAGUGCAGCAGCGGAAGCUCCUAUAUAUGGGUCUGUAUCUUCUAAUAUGGGGUGAAGCUGCCAACCUACGAUUCAUGCCAGAAUGUCUUUGCUAUAUAUAUCACCAUAUGGCGUUUGAAUUGUAUGGAAUGCUAGCUGGUAAUGUCAGUCCAAUGACGGGAGAGAAUGUCAAGCCAGCAUAUGGCGGUGAAGAGGAGGCUUUUUUAAAGAAAGUUGUUACUCCAAUAUACGAUGUGAUUAGACAGGAAGCUGCACGGAGCAAAAAGGGAAGGUCAAAGCAUUCACAAUGGAGGAACUAUGAUGAUUUAAAUGAAUAUUUCUGGUCAGCUGAUUGCUUUCGGUUAGGUUGGCCAAUGCGUGCUGAUGCUGAUUUCUUUUGGGUGCCAUCAAAUGAGCAGUCUAGUUUUGACAAAUCUAACGAUGAGAAGCCAACUAACACAGACAGAUGGGUUGGGAAAGUGAAUUUUGUUGAGAUAAGGUCAUUUUGGCAUAUUUUCAGAAGUUAUGAUCGCAUGUGGAGUUUUUUCAUUUUGUGCUUACAGGCAAUGAUUAUUGUUGCUUGGAAUAAAUCUGGUGACCCAAUUGCAAUCUUCAAUGGUGAUGUGUUCAAGAAAGUGUUAAGCGUGUUUAUCACGGCCGCUAUAUUGAAGUUUGGGCAAGCUUUUCUUGAUGUUGUUCUGAGUUGGAAAGCACAACGGAGUAUGUCGCUGUAUGUCAAGUUAAGAUACAUUUUGAAAGUUGUUUCAGCUGCAGCGUGGGUGAUUGUUCUGUCAGUUACUUAUGCGUAUACCUGGGACAAUCCUCCUGGGUUUGCUCAGACCAUCAAACGUUGGUUUGGAAACGAUUCUAGUUUUCCUUCAUUGUUUAUUUUGGCUGUUGUUAUUUACCUGUCACCAAAUAUGCUCGCUGCUGUAUUCUUUUUGUUCCCAUUCAUUCGCCGCUUCCUUGAGAGGUCAAACUAUAAGAUUGUGAUGCUAAUGAUGUGGUGGUCACAGCCUCGUCUUUAUGUUGGAAGGGGGAUGCAUGAGAGCGCAUUUUCCCUUUUCAAAUACACAGUGUUUUGGGUUCUUCUUAUAAUUACAAAGCUUGCUUUCAGUUACUAUAUAGAGAUAAAACCGCUGGUGGGACCUACAAAAGCUAUAAUGGGUGUAAGAAUCACGACUUUCCAGUGGCAUGAAUUCUUUCCUCAUGCUCGGAACAAUAUUGGUGUUGUUAUUGCACUUUGGGCGCCAAUCAUUUUGGUAUACUUUAUGGAUACCCAAAUUUGGUAUGCAAUAUUCUCAACCUUAUUUGGUGGUAUUUAUGGUGCAUUCCGUCGUCUCGGAGAGAUACGGACGUUAGGAAUGCUUAGGUCGCGUUUUCAAUCACUGCCUGGUGCCUUCAAUGCUAGUUUGAUACCAGAGGAAAAGAAUGAACCAAGGAAAAAAGGAUUAAAAGCCACUUUAUCUCGCAGAUUUGCUGAGAUCCCAUCUAACAGAGGGAAGGAAGCUGCUAGAUUUGCACAACUGUGGAAUCAGAUAAUCACCAGCUUCAGAGAGGAGGAUCUUAUUAGCAAUAGGGAAAUGGACCUUUUGCUUGUACCUUAUUGGGCUGAUCGUGAGUUGGACCUUAUACAAUGGCCCCCCUUUUUACUUGCUAGCAAGAUCCCAAUUGCAUUAGAUAUGGCUAAGGACAGCAAUGGAAAGGAUAGAGAGCUGAAAAAGAGAAUUGAUGCUGAUCACUACAUGUCUUGUGCUGUUCGUGAGUGCUAUGCUUCAUUUAAGAGCAUUAUUAAACACUUGGUUCAAGGGCAACGCGAGAAACCGGUUAUUGAUUAUCUUUUUACUGAGGUAGACUCACAUAUAGAGGAGGGCAAACUGAUAACCGAAUUCAGAAUGAGUGCCCUUCCUAGCCUCUACGCACAGUUUGUUCAGCUAAUAAAAUAUUUGUUGGACAAUGAUAAGAAAGAUAGGGACCAAGUUGUAAUUCUGUUCCAAGACAUGCUGGAGGUGGUGACAAGAGAUAUAAUGAGGGAAGAGCAGGAUAAUUUAUUCAGUUUGGUAGAUUCAAGCCAUGGUGGGACUGGACAUGAUGGGACGCUUCCCCUCAACCUUGAACCAGAGCCACAACAUCAGUUAUUUGCAUCUGAAGGAGCUAUCAGGUUUCCGAUUGAACCACCUUCAGAAGCUUGGAAAGAGAAGAUUAACCGGCUCUACUUGCUGCUUACAACAAAAGAAUCUGCGAUGGAUGUACCAUCCAACUUGGAAGCAAGAAGGCGUAUUUCAUUUUUCUCCAACUCACUGUUCAUGGAUAUGCCAAUGGCACCAAAAGUUCGCAACAUGCUCUCGUUCUCGGUUUUAACACCAUAUUACACAGAAGAGGUUCUAUUCUCUUUAACUGAUUUGGACUCACCAAAUGAAGAUGGUGUAUCUAUAUUGUUUUACUUGCAAAAGAUUUUUCCAGAUGAAUGGACCAACUUUCUGGAGAGAGUGAACUGUAUUAGUGAGGAGGAUCUUAAAGGAAAUGAAUCUGAAGAAUUAGAAGAAGAACUUCGUCGCUGGGCAUCAUAUAGAGGCCAAACAUUGACUAGAACUGUAAGAGGCAUGAUGUAUUACAGAAAAGCUUUAGAGCUCCAGGCUUUUCUUGAUAUGGCCAAAGAUGAAGACUUGAUGGAAGGUUAUAAAGCCAUAGAAAACUCGGAUGAUAACUCAAGCGGGGAAAGGUCAUUGUUGACACAAUGUCAAGCAGUGGCUGAUAUGAAGUUCACAUAUGUGGUAUCAUGCCAACAAUAUGGUAUCGACAAGCGAUCUGGUUCUCCACGUGCACAGGACAUAUUAAGGCUUAUGACAAGAUAUCCUUCACUACGCGUUGCCUAUAUUGAUGAGGUAGAGGAAACUAGCAAAGACAGAGACAACAGACAAAAAAAGAUCAACAAGGUUUACUACUCUUGUUUGGUUAAGGCUAUGCCAAAAUCCAGCAGUCCUUCAGAACCUGAGCAGGCUCUUGACCAGGUCAUAUAUAAAAUAAAGCUUCCUGGACCGGCCAUUUUAGGAGAGGGCAAGCCUGAAAAUCAGAAUCAUGCAAUUAUUUUUACACGUGGAGAAGGCUUGCAAACGAUAGAUAUGAACCAGGAUAAUUAUAUGGAAGAAGCUUUGAAAAUGAGAAAUUUGUUGCAAGAAUUUCUUAAGAAGCAUGAUGGUGUGAGGUUCCCAAGUAUUCUUGGACUAAGGGAGCAUAUAUUUACUGGAAGUGUUUCUUCCCUUGCUUGGUUCAUGUCAAAUCAAGAGACAAGUUUUGUGACAAUUGGACAGAGACUGUUGGCUAAUCCACUGAGGGUUCGUUUCCACUACGGUCAUCCUGAUGUCUUUGAUAGGCUUUUUCACCUUACAAGAGGGGGUGUGAGUAAAGCUUCCAAGGUUAUCAAUUUGAGUGAAGAUAUUUUUGCUGGAUUCAACUCUACGCUGCGGGAAGGCAAUGUUACUCAUCAUGAGUACAUACAAGUUGGGAAGGGAAGAGAUGUGGGUCUCAACCAGAUUUCUAUGUUUGAAGCUAAAAUAGCUAAUGGAAAUGGAGAACAAACACUAAGUCGAGACAUAUACCGACUUGGACAUCGUUUUGAUUUCUUCAGAAUGCUGUCCUGUUAUUUCACCACAGUUGGAUUUUAUUUCAGCACUCUCAUAACUGUUCUCACUGUAUAUGUAUUCCUCUAUGGUCGUCUCUAUCUUGUUCUGAGUGGGCUUGAAGAAGGUUUGAGUACCCAGAAAGCCAUUCGAGACAAUAAGCCUCUUCAAGUGGCUCUUGCUUCUCAAUCAUUUGUUCAAAUAGGAUUUUUAAUGGCUUUGCCCAUGCUGAUGGAAAUUGGCUUGGAAAGAGGUUUUCGAACAGCACUUAGUGAGUUCAUAUUAAUGCAAUUGCAGUUGGCCCCUGUGUUCUUCACUUUUUCGCUUGGGACAAAGACUCACUAUUUUGGAAGGACAUUGCUUCAUGGAGGCGCAAAAUAUAGACCAACUGGCCGAGGGUUUGUUGUUUUUCAUGCCAAGUUUGCCGACAACUAUAGACUGUACUCUCGCAGCCACUUCGUUAAGGGUAUUGAGCUCAUGAUAUUGCUUGUUGUAUACGAAAUAUUUGGUCAUACUUAUAGAAGUGCUGUUGCAUAUAUCUUGAUUACCAUAUCAAUGUGGUUUAUGGUGGGAACCUGGCUCUUCGCUCCCUUCCUGUUUAAUCCAUCUGGCUUUGAAUGGCAAAAGAUUGUUGAUGAUUGGACUGAUUGGAAUAAAUGGAUUAGCAACCGCGGAGGUAUAGGUGUACCACCUGAAAAAAGUUGGGAAUCUUGGUGGGAAGAGGAACAAGAACAUCUCCAACAUUCAGGACUGCGGGGAAUUAUAGUGGAGAUACUGUUAUCAUUGCGAUUUUUUAUUUACCAGUAUGGUCUUGUAUAUCACUUGAAUAUCACUGAAAGGAACCCAAAAAGUUUUCUGGUAUAUGGCAUUUCAUGGUUGGUGAUCUUUGUGAUAUUGUUUGUGAUGAAGACGGUAUCUGUUGGGAGGCGGAAAUUCAGUGCAAAUUUUCAGCUUGUCUUUCGACUAAUCAAGGGAUUGAUAUUCCUAACUUUUGUGUCGAUUCUUGUCACUUUGAUUGCCCUUCCGCACAUGACAAUGCAGGACAUUGUCGUUUGUAUUCUUGCCUUCAUGCCAACUGGUUGGGGAAUGCUGCAGAUUGCACAAGCAUUGAAACCCGUGGUACGGCGUGCGGGAUUCUGGGGAUCAGUAAAGACUCUUGCUCGUGGUUAUGAGAUUGUGAUGGGUUUGCUUUUGUUCACUCCCGUUGCGUUUCUUGCUUGGUUCCCUUUUGUUUCAGAAUUUCAAACACGUAUGCUCUUCAACCAAGCCUUCAGCAGAGGAUUGCAAAUUUCUCGUAUCCUUGGAGGCCAAAGGAAGGAGCGGUCGUCUCGCAACAAGGAAUAGUUUGUCUAAGAAAGCCUUACUAUUAUUAUUUUAAUAGCCUGAAUACCUUGUUAUAUAUAGCUCAACAAGUUUUUUCUGUAACAAUUGUAAUUAGUUGCAAGUAACUAUGAAUGGGAGGCUCAGCCUUGAUUACUAUCAAACAUUAAUGCAAGUUAUUUUCUUUUCUAA